AGCCAUGACAACAGCGAUACCUUGUGCGCCAACGGCGCCUCUCGGUGAGCCUGCAUCAACUACCGCCGAUGUCAUUGCGACCGUGUUUGCCGACUUUGAACUGGAUCUGCCAGUGCUGCCGCUGCGCCCGCCGCGCGUCGACCGUCAAAAGGAAGAGCUCGUCUACCUGCGACAGCAAGUCGAGCACCUCAAUGCAAUUUUGGUCGACCUCACGAGCUCGCGCAUGGUCGACGAGCUCGCAGGGGGUACGUUUUGGGAGAAAAUCGCGCGCGACCAAAAGAUGGCGUCAACCCGCGCGAGCCAAGAAAAUAAUCGCCUCAAGCGCGCGCUGGAAGACCAGCUCCACGUCGCCAAAGAGCUCGAGCGCCUUCUCGUCAAGCGACCGCGUCUUGCGGAGCCACCGUCGCUGGAUCUGGCCGACUGGAAACUGCGGCGGCUGCCUAUGGACGAAGUGAGCCGUAGCGCAGCCUUUCACGCCAUUGUCGACGACGCCUUCGCCAACCUCGAGACGCUCUUUCUCAGGUCGCACAUUUUGGACGCGCCUAUCGGGCAGCGUCUUCUCAAUGUGACCGAGGACCGCGACUCGAUUUUGAUAUCUGUCAAAAACGUCAUUGAGAUCCCAGACAAUGUUAUGUCGGUCGGCGAGAAGACGUGGACCACGUGGCGCGGGUGCUCCGGCACGCUGCCCCACAUGCGCUUCGAGGUCCUCCAGAGCUUUGGCGUCGAUGGCGUGUACGUCCGCAUCACGACGAGUCUCGAUGCGAGCACCCCGUGUAUGCAGCUCAACUACGCGAUCAAGCGCUUCGUCCGAGACACGCGCGUCGUCUUUGUACUCAAGACUGUCCUCGACGACGAGAAAUUGCCUGUGCUUCCAGGCCUUCUCGUUGGCAACCACACGGCAUGUAUUGUCAUGGAAGCUGUCGGCGCGAACCGAACGUGUCGACGCGUGUGCGUAGAGGGCAGUUUGCCCGCCCAGCCGCCGCGGCACAGUCCACUGCUUCAGAGAGAGCUCAGCGUCACGGAUGCCGUCUUCAAGAUGAUGCAGUCGGUCUUUCAAACGCUAGAAAUGUUGUUGGCAUGACGACAAAGAAUAGGUUAUUUGAAUUUCACGCUAUAGUACGGGAUGUAAUGAACGAAUUACGUGUUCUUGUCGU